AUGGUCGUCGAUCAUGAAAUCAGUUUCAAGCCCGAUGGUGUCGACGGAGCAGAGACCGGUCUUUGCUUCUUCGCAGAAGACCAAAUUGAUUGGUCGCCGACAGGGUCAUGCGUGGCUGCUCGUAUGGCUCUAGCGCAUGCCAAGGGAACCAGGCAGCAGGUUCAGACAUGGGCAUACAACUCACUUGUCUCGAACCAUUUCAAUACCGGAGCCUUUGUUGCAAGUAUCGUCGAGGAGGAUGUGAAGAUAGAGGGUCCCAAUACAAAGACGGAUAGGAGCGGUGUCGUUGUUCUGGUCGAGGGAAACGCGUAG